AAUAACUAUUUUAUUUACUGCAACUCCGGAAAAAAAAAAACUUGAAUCUCAACAGAAAGGAGAAACGCUCGAUUCUGCUCUUCGUCUUCUCCAUUUGUCAUCGUCGUCGUUGAUCUCCGGUCAAAUCCGCGGACUAGUGGAGAGAGGAAAUGGCUCUGGCGAGGGCGAGCUCUGGCCUCGCUUACCCGGGGAGGUUCUACGCCGCGGCGUCCUACGUCGGUCUCGACGGAUCUGAUUCGUCGGCCAAACAAGUCAGCUCGAAAUUCUCCAAUGAUACUGCUCUCCUUCUCUACGCGCUUUAUCAACAGGCUACUGUAGGACCCUGUAGCGUUCCAAAGCCUAGUACGUGGAAUCCAGUAGAGCAAAGCAAAUGGAAAAGUUGGCAGGGGCUGGGAACCAUGUCCUCCAUUGAGGCAAUGCGUCUCUUUGUGAAAAUUCUUGAGGAAGAAGAUCCCGGUUGGUAUUCAAGGGCAUCUAACUCUGUCAUGGAGCCUGCUUUAGAUUAUCAAAUCAAUCAGAACACAAAAGAUGAGCCUGUUGUUGAGAAUGAAACCUCAUGUGUUGAGACAAAGACGAUUUCUACUGAGAACGGGCCCUUGGCAGAAACCCAAGAUAAAGAUGUGGUCUCAGAACACCCAAAUACUGUGCCUGUGUAUGACCAAUGGACUGCGCCGCAAACAUCAGGUCAGCGGCCUAAAGCCCGUUAUGAGCAUGGUGCAGCAGUUAUACAAGAUAAGAUGUAUAUAUAUGGUGGAAACCACAAUGGACGCUACCUUAGUGAUCUUCAUGCUUUAGAUUUAAAAAAUUGGACUUGGUCAAGAGUUGAAACCAAGGUUGCUACUGAACCACUGGAAUCAUCGUCCCCAGCUACUCUAACCCCUUGUGCUGGUCAUUCUUUGAUAUCAUGGGACAGCAAGCUUCUAUCUAUUGGUGGCCAUACGAAGGAUCCCUCAGAAUCCAUCCAAGUGAAGGUUUUUGAUCCGGAAACCUCCACCUGGUCAACCUUAAAGACAUAUGGAAAGCCGCCGAUUUCACGUGGAGGUCAGUCAGUGACCCUUGUAGGAAAAAGCCUGGUGAUAUUUGGCGGGCAGGAGGCUAAGAGGUCUCUUCUAAACGAUUUGCAUAUACUUGACCUAGAAACCAUGACCUGGGAUGAAAUAGAUGCUGUGGGUGUACCUCCAUCUCCGAGAUCCGAUCAUGUUGCCGCAGUGCAUGCGGAGCGUUACCUUCUUAUAUUUGGCGGGGGCUCACAUGCAACUUGUUUUAAUGACCUGCAUGUCCUUGAUCUGCAAACUAUGGAGUGGUCACGACCAUCGCAACAAGGUGAGACGCCAACUCCACGUGCCGGACAUGCUGGUGUGACGAUUGGGGAGAGCUGGUUUAUUGUUGGUGGUGGUGAUAAUAAGAGUGGGGUAUCGGAUACUGUUGUACUUAACAUGUCUACUCUUGCUUGGUCAACUGUCACUUCAGUUCAAGGGCGUGUCCCCCUUGCUAGUGAGGGAUUGAGUUUAGUUGUUAGUUCAUACAAUGGUGAGGAUGUACUUGUAGCUUUUGGUGGAUACAAUGGGCGUUAUAACAACGAGGUUAAUGUUCUCAAACCAAGCCACAAAUCGACCUUGCAAUCAAAGAGUAUGGAAGCUCCUGUUCGAGACAGUGUUUCUGCCGUUCAUAAUGGCACAACCAGAGACAUUGAGUCUGAGAUCGAGGCGAGCCAAGAAGGCAGAGUACGAGAAAUUGUCAUGGACAAUGUUAAUCAUGGAUCAAAGGUUCAAGCAAAUAACGGAGACACUCUUGAAACCCUCAAAACCGAGAAGGAAGAACUGGAAGCAUCUCUCAACAAGGAGAAGUUACAGAGUCUCCAACUAAAGCAAGAGCUAGCAGAAGCAGAGUCGCGAAAUACAGACUUGUACAAGGAACUUCAAUCCGUACGUGGCCAACUUGCGGCGGAGCAAUCAAGAUGUUUCAAACUAGAGGUUGAGGUGGCAGAGCUAAGGCAAAAGCUGCAGACAAUGGAAACGCUGCAGAAGGAACUAGAAAUCAUGCAGCGUCAAAAGGCGGCCUCGGAACAAGCUGCCGCCAUUAACGCCAGGCGACAGAGCUCCGGCGGCGUCUGGGGCUGGCUCUCCGGUGGCCCCCAAGAAAUGGUUGAUUCCCCUUGAGAAAUCACACUCCCCCGUGAGGCAUUGACAAAAUAAACCCGAAAAUCCAAUAUCCGGACACCAUCCACAGGCCGGGUAUCCGUUUUUUCGGACAGAAAGAAAUCAUUAUUACAUAUAUCCUUACCAGAGUAUGUCAGUGUUUUUUUGUUCAUGAGUUUUGUUUUGUUGGUUUCAAGGAAAGAGAGAUUCAUUUGUAAGCUUUGUAAUUUUGUGGAUUGCGAUGGAUGAUGGCAUGAUUGAUGAUAUGGAUGUUCCGUUGAGAGAGAGCUCAUACACAGAUUUUA